AUGCUAGGUGAAAGAAAGCAGUCGUCUCUGGGUUGUGUCGUCCAUUUCUUCAAGUCUCAUACUAAAGAAAUGGCAUUGGCAAUGGCACCCAAGAUUGACGUGAAAAGUUUGGACGAAAAGUUAGAGAAUCUCCACCGACUGUACUCUAUGAAGAAGAAGAAAGAGUUGCAUGAUGAAGAAAGCAACAAAGUCAUCAACAUGAGAGCCAUGGCGACCAAAGAAACUCCUCAAGAAGAAUGGCAAAUGAUCAUUCUAGAGAAACUUGUCGUGAAACAAGUUUUUGCCGGUGGAGGCUUCGAGUCUGUGCAUAAAGGCAUCUAUGAUGGACAAGAAGUUGCAGUCGAAGUGAUGGAGUGUGGAGAAGACGGCCGAACAAAAUCUGAAAUAGCUUCUUUGAAGAAAGAUUUUAGGCAGGAGGUUUCUAUUUGGCAUAAGCUUGAUCAUCCUAACAUAACUAAGUGUAUUGGAGCCACAACAGAUACCGACUCUGCCUCUGUUAUUACUGAGUAUCUUUCUGGAGGAACCCUAAAAGCCUUCCUCAUCCAACACCGGAAAAAGAAGUUGCCUCUCAAGACAGUUAAACGGUUGGCAGUUGAUCUUGCUAAAGGAUUGAUUUAUUUGCACUCCAAGACGGAAAAUGUGGAUGGUAGGGUGAAGAUAGCAGACUUUGGAGUUGCUCGUCUUGAGGCUUCAAAUUUAGCCGAGAUGACAGGCUACACGGGAACCCCUGGAUACAUGGCCCCUGAGGUCUUGGAAAGUAAACCCUACAACAGAAAAUGCGACGUUUAUAGCUUUGGGAUUUUCUUGUGGGAGAUGUAUUGCUGCGAUAUGCCCUACCCUUAA